CUCAGUGACCAGGCCACCAGGCACACUGCUGCUGAUCAUCAUGGCUCUGCCAUUCCUGCCAGGAAACUCCUUUAACCGCAGUCUAGGAAAAGAGAAAUUUCAUAAAUCGCAACAUUUUGGCUACUCUAAUGAUGUCUCCAUGUUACUGGGAGAAGACAAGCCAGGGAUUGGAGGAGAACUGCUUCCUGGACAGAGGUUAAAGCCUAAAUUCAGUGUCUUCCCCCGAGGAGUGGGUAGUGAUGCUCCAUCUUGGGUAGCUUUUGACAAACAGGUGUUAUCCUUUGAAGCAUAUUUUGAAGAAGAAGUUCAUCAGAGGAGGGAAGAAGUUUACCGUAUCCGGCAGUGUAAAAUAUAUUUCUACCUUGAAGAUGACACAAUUCAAGUAGUAGAACCCGAACUGAAAAACAGUGGAAUUCCUCAGGGUACAAUAAUCCGACGUCAUCGUAUUCCACUUCCACCCCCUAACGAUGACCAGUUUUACACUGUGGAUCAUUUCAACAUCAACAAAGUCAUUGUGUUUUACUCAAGAACUUUCAAGAUUGUAAACUGUGAUGAAUUUACUAGAAACUUUCUACAGAAGCUUGGAGUCAGAAUAAAUGCACCAGGGUCAAUUCCAGCAGACCCCUACUCAACUAUUCGCAAACAGGUAGAAGAUAACAUGAAGCCUCUACGCCCAUAUGAACGGAUGGAUACGCUGAAACAGUUCCUAGAUCAUGACAGACAUGUGUUGCGGUUUUACUGUCUUUGGGAUGAUACAACUUCACCUUUUGGAGAUGCAAGAGAGCUCAUCUUACAUUAUUUCCUAGCUGAUGACACGAUUGAAAUUAUAGAGGUCAUACCACCAAAUUCUGGGCGGGAUUCUGUUCCAGUCUUUCUACAUCGAGGAAAACUACCAAAGCAAGUCCCAACAAGAAUGUACAACCCUGGAGAGGUCACUUCUCGCACCGUCCUCAAUGUUUUUGGCCCAAUGGGACAUGGAGGUCGUUAUAUUCUGGAUAAUCUUAAAACAGGAUCUGUACAUCAGGAAUUUUACAAAGACAGUGAUCUGACAAUUGGUGCAGCAAUCAAUGCAUGGGGGAGAAAGCUAAUCUUGUGUGACUGUGAUGAAUUUGCCAAGAAUUAUUACAGAACGAAAUAUGGAAUUGAGGAUUUCACACCUGUUCAGCAUAAAGCUUCGCAAUCACUAAAGAUCGAGAGACAAAUUCCACCUUACAAUGGCUUUGGUUCUGAAGAAGACUCCCUUUGUUCUUGUUUGGGGCUCCUACCAAAACCACCACAGCAAGAUUUCAAGAAGUUUAUGGAAAAAGACAGGAAUGGCUUGGAGAGCAAUGUUCUUAGGUUUGUUGCAAAACUUAUUUCAGACAAUCCUAUUGAUAAAGAACGAACAUUCAUCAUCUCCUACUUCUUAAGUGAUGACACCAUAGCUGUGUUUGAGCCACCACAAAGAAAUUCAGGAAUUAUGGGUGGCAAGUUUUUGGAAAGAUCUCGUGUGAAGAAACCUGGACAGGAGCUAUUCAAGACCGAGAUGUCAGAAUAUUUAAAAGCAGAAGACCUCUUUGUUGGUGCCCGGGUUAAUUUCAAUGGACACAAGUUUAUCUUAGUUGAUGCGGAUGAAUAUGUCUUCAGCUACAUGGAGAAGAAUGCUCAUGAGUUCCCUAUGGCUGACAUUGCUUCAAUCCUAAGUAAACUAAGAAGCAUUGGCGAAUCAAACUCCCGAGAAAUAAAGCAACAUUUUGUGGCUAAGGAUCCAAGAAACAGGAAUGAGAUGACGUAUGAAACAUUUAGGAAUGUCAUGGUGGAAAUUUGUGAUAGAAAUCUCACAGAACAUGAAAUAAUGACUGUUGGACGCCACUACAGUGCUCAAGAGAAGCUAGAAGUUGACUUAGGUCUUCUGAUGGCUGUAGUCCAAGAACAUCUGAAGAAAAAGUCAUUUGAAAAUUUUAGUAAACUCUAUGAUGCCUUUAUAUACAAUGACCAUGAAAGGAAAGGAUUGCUUCCACUCCAAGAAACUAGAAUAAUUUGUAAAGCCUUUAAAAUGCCUCUGGCAGAUGACCUUCUUCGCAUUGUAUUAGAAAAGCAUAAAGAAAAUGAUGAGCAAAUUAAUUAUGAAAAACUGGUGUCUGGCCUUAACUGGAGAGAAAAUCCAAAUCCGGCACGGAAGACCACACCAAUUAAGUUUGAUGCUGAGUGGAGUGGACAGACCACAUCAGAUGCAGUGAAGACUGUGAACUACAUGUUCUUUCUCGAGGAUUUCUUAGGUGUACAAGAAUGAGACAUUUUUUUUUAAACAUCCUUUUAGUCGUAAUGUAUACAUUUCUGUAGUUCCAGUGUGCUCCAUACAAAAAACAACGUAUUUAUGUGCACGGCUCCUAUAUAAGGAAA